AAGUGUAGGAAAAAAGAAGAAGAAGAAUGUGUGGAAGUAAGUCUUCUCAACAACAGAAAAUUUAUUCAUUUUUAUGAAAUUGCUGCUGAAAAGAAGUUGUGUGGUGUUUUCGUUAGUGUCGUGUUAUCUGCGGGAACAGAUUCUUAAUAUUAGGGCAGUGACGAAGGCACUCUUAGUUUUGGGGGAAAACGGGAAAAGUGGAUACAGUGCAAGAAAAGAAGUGAAAAAGAAAAUGUCUCGAUGGAGGAACUUCUUUUUUCCAACAACACUCAUUGUUUGGUCAUCGUGAGGAAUUUAUCCAUCAGUUGCGGCCACAUAAGCUACCCCAGGAGUCCGAAACGGUGAUUUCCAAGGAAAAUAAUUUCCCAGCCCCAUCCAGACGCUCUUUCCCAUGCUAGCCGGAUGUCAGUAGCACAAGGGGGAGGUUCAUUGAGGGGCAGCAUUUACCAAAAGACGAUGGGUAUAGGCAAAUGGAAAAGGGAGCCCAGGUGGUGAGGACGACGUGGGCAAAGCAAAUAUAAUAUACACAGCAAAGCACCGCAUCGAACCAGCAGCAGCAACAACACACGAAGGGUGUACAUGAGUUUUUUUUAAUUGAACAACAAUCACAUGGAAUCAACAUUGUGUGUGGAAUUAGAGAAGAGAGAUUAGUGCGAUCUGCUUAUGAGUGAGGACAAUGUCUGUGAAAUUGCCUCUGUGGAAAUCAAUAAAGUGUCGAUGUUGCAUGUAAUUUUUUUUCUUUUAAACUCUUCUUCAACUAAAUAAUGAAGUCAAUUGAACAUCAGGCGAGUGUAACGUAAAACCAAAAAAAAAAAGAAAGAAAGAAACAUCCAACUCAAAAAUCAACGAAGGAAAAAAUCCAAACAUUAUAAAUUUAAGUGUUUGUGUUGUGUUCUCUCUUGGACGGGACUGAAGAAGAGAUUAACUUUUUGCCUGUCUCUCGAGGGCGAAUCAAUAAAUCGAGGAAGUUGAAAAGGCGGUGGAGAGAAAAGUCAUCCACCGGUGGUUUAUAGAGAGAAUUAAAAUAAAAAAAAAGAAACGAAAAUUACUAAGAAGUGUGUGGUGUUGUGGAUCAAAGGGACGAGACCGAUAAGUGGAGGGAUAACUCCACAAUUUGCUUGUAAUUUUUUUUCUGUUGGAGUGAGAGUGAAUUAGGAAAAAAGGGAAUUCCUGGGAACUUUUCAUCACUAUCACUCCCACGUGUGAGCAUCAGCGAGACAACGAUGGAAGUCCAAUCGACUGAACGAUUGACCCAACACUCAUCACCAAUCACAUCAGCCUCUUCAUCAUUCAUCACGUCGGACUUUUAUAAAUUCCUGGCCCGAUUCUCCGGUCGCAGACGAAACUGCCUAAAACAGUGGAAAUAUUCAAUUGUACCAAUCCUUCUCUUGUGUUUCUCAACAUUCUUCAGUGGCUCAGAUGCCUGCUCGAGUCGAACGACACCGAAACCGAGACCUCCAACCCCAACAUCUAGACCAAAUAUUACAUUCCAUACGUAUAAAUGUCCACCGGCCUAUGCAGCUUGGUAUUGUCUUAAUGAAGCUACGUGCUUUACUGUAAAAAUAGGAGAUUCUUUACUAUAUAAUUGCGAGUGUGCCGACGGCUACAUGGGUCCCAGGUGUGAGUACAAGGACUUGGAUGGAUCCUACCUGCCUUCACGACCCAGAGUAAUGCUGGAAACAGCAAGUAUAGCGAGCGGUGUGGCGGUAGCCUUCCUGCUCGUUGUUAUCCUCUGCAUUGUCUUCUAUAUGCGAUGGAAUCGUCGGCAAAAGGAGCGCAUGGGUGCCGAGGAAAAUGGAAAUGGGUGCGAUGUUGUCGAUGCCCGGAAUCGCAUGGCUGAAGCCGGGAGUGCGGUACCGGAGAGGAGGCCAUUUGGGCCGCAUCACUACCACAAAGUGUCACUCAGUGAAGCCCUCAAGAGAUAGACUAGCGAAUUUAAAAAACAAACAUAAAAAUUAUAAUAUGCCCUAAAAAUAUUGGUCAGAAAAAUCAUAAAGAGAAAUGUGAAUGAAAACAUUCAGCGACGGUGGAAGCAGAAAGGAAGAAAAAAUGGAAUGAAAAAGCAUCCUAUUUAGGGGAGAAAUUAAACAAAAAAAAAGAAUCGAAAGGGGGAGCAUCGGAGAAUUCUCCUCCAUUUCUCUAUAACUAUUUUUUUAAAGCAUUAAAACACAUAAAAGAAUAAGAGAAAAAAAGUCAACGAUGUUCUGUAUUUUAGGUCGUAGUAUUAUUAUUUUUAGUUGAUUGUUUUCAUUAACAAUAAUAAUGUAGUUCUCUUUUUUUAUUUCCCCUUUGAUAAAUAAGGCAAUUUCUGUGUAGAUGAUAAAUGAUGGAAAAAAUAAAGGACAAGAAGCUGGAAAUUCUUCUCAACAAAAGAUGUUUAAGAAAAAUCCAUCUUAGUGACAUGAGAAGGAAAGAUUAAAAAAAAAACGUCCACAAAGUUCCCACACAAACACACCCCUAACACUCUCUAAUAAUAAAUUUUAAUUAUUAUAAUAUUCUAUUUAUUAUAACCUAAAAAAACAAUUAUUAAGAUUAAUGAGAAAUAUACAACACUCAAACACUUCUUACUACAAGACGGUUUUAAAUGAAAAAACACGCAAGAUGACGGUCUUGCAGACAAAAAGAAGCAUUAUACUGUAAGCAUUUUAUGUAAAUAUUUACAUAUAAAACAAGAUUAUAAAAAACACAGAUUCAUUCACAAUUAAUUUAUUUGCUUAUAAAAUCAUUUAAAGAAAAUUUAUUAUUAAGAGAUAAAAAUCAUUCUCUUUGCUAAAUUAAGUGUUAAUCGCUAGGGAAAGGAGUGAGAAAACGCAAACACAAAAGUUGAAUGGCAUUUUUUAUACAAUGUAUAUAAAAUUAAAGGUAAAAAGAAAUUACAACAUAAAAAAAGGAAAACUUUAGACUCCAAAAAGUGCAUUAAAAAAAACCUUUUCUAGAGGGAUAUUUUGUCCAAGAAAAAAAAACAUUUUAGAAAAAAAAAAGAUAUUCUAAAGAAAAAAAUUUACAAUAAAAAUUAUAUUAUUACAUAAAAAUAUAAAAUCACAUUGUAAGUACAGAGAAAAAAAGUAUGUUUUCAGAUCUCGAGACUUCUUUUUUAAAACAUUUUUUUAAAAAUAAUAUACAAAGAAAUAGAGAUAUUUCUCUAAAUUUCCGUCACAGCUGGAAAAGGAAGAAAAUCCUUUUAAUGAGAAGGAAAUUGAUGGGGAAGGAAGUAUUGGGAUGGGGUUUUUCUUUACAAACAGAGCAAAGGGUAACGUUCUAAUCACAUUUUUUUUCAUAUACAGACUCAAAGGUUCACACGCAGCAAAAAUCUUUAGAGAAACAGUCACCGGGAGGGGCAAUUGAUGUGUUAAAUUAGGUAUUCUUAAAAAUUUAAUUAAAAUUGAAAAAGUCAAUUUACUAAGAGAGAGAGAGAGAAGUUUUUGUUUUCUCUCACAAUCAGAGCAUUUAAGAAUUGGAUAAAAACUCCAAUGUGCCUUACUUACAAUGAAUAUUUUAUUAUCAUUUUUUUAGAAUAUAAUUUUUUAAAGAAAAAGGCUGAGAUAUAUUCGAAAAUUCGAUUCGUAUCUUUUACUUUUAUCGGACAUGUUCCAAUUGAAUCGAAUGACUGUUAAAAAUUUAAUUAAUUGAUUUUCCAAUAAAUAUACUUUUCCCCCAGAAAAAGAAAUAAAUAAUAAUUAAAGACUUUGCAGGUGUGAAGAAAGGUAUAUAAAUCUUUUCAAUAAGACUCUCAAAAGCACAUCAAUUGUUCCACCCAGUUCCAGUAAUUAAUUAUUUGUAAAUAAUGUACACACACUACUCAAACGAAAGAAAAGAAAAGGAAAAUGGAAAGGUGAAUUGAAAUGGAAAUUUUAAUCAAACACCACAAGCUUUAACAUUAAUAGUGAAGGAAGGGAAAAAAAUAUUAAAAAGUCAAAUUAACUGAAAUGACAAAUUAACCGCGAUCUAAUAUAAAACACCCUCUUUAUUUGUUAUUUAUAUUAAAACUCCUAUAUACACACGAAGAAUGCUAUAUAGAAUUUAAGUGCUUAUCGUGGUGACCACAUUCAAAUAAGACAUGCAUCUAUUGCUUAAAGGAAAACAAAACAUAAUUUUACUGUAAUUCAAAGCUAAAAAUAAAAUUAAAUUGCAAAGGAAGAUAGAGAGAAAAUAUAGUGCCGUACCAAAAAAAAAAAGCAAGCAAUUCACACACGAUAAGAAAAUUUUCCAAUAAAAUAGAAAAAAAAUUUAACUUAACACACACCACAGAAAAAAUCACAACUAAAACACAUUAUGAGUUAAAGAGAAAAAUUAAAGGAAAAAGUUAAAAAAUGGAAGAAAAUGGUUUAUGAGACGGUGAGAGAGAAGAAAAUGUGUUCGCAUUUUUGUUAAUGUUAAUUUAAUGUGACAAAAAAAUUUGGCAGCAGGAGGAGAACGUUUUGGGCCAAUACUACAAAAAAUAUUCCACGCUCCACGUGGAAUACAAAUGUUCUCUACAAAGAGAAAUGUCUUAAUUAAUUGAAGGAAAUUUUCCACUCAACUAAGGAGGUGUACUGAAAGUUCUAAGAAUUUCGAGAUAACGCUGAAAGUUUGAAAGUUUUUUUUUUAGUUUUAAUUACAAUAACUUUUAAAUUUAAAAGACUUAAAGAUUUUUAAAAUAUUUUUAAAUCAUUUUAUACCAUCAAUUAAAAGAAAAAAAAACGAUAAUUUUUUUUUAUAAAUCCCAACUAAUGGAGUUGGCAAAAACAAAGCUUUCAGGACAUUAAAACAAAGUAAUUUUACAAAGCACGCAAAGUUGCAAAAGGAUAAGAGAAGAAAAUCAUUGAAUUGGUUCAAAACGUGACUCCGCCACGGAAAAGCGCAGCUUAAUUAUACAAAAAAUGCAAAGAAUGUUGAAUGGUGGGAGAGAUGAGGGUGCUGCUGGAAGGGAAGAGCAAAAAAAACAGUUUCCAAGUGUUCAUUCCGCAUAAUUGAAUUUGAUGAAUGUUAGAAGAAAAAAAAACAGCAGAAUUAAAAUCCUUUCAAACCUGACAGUGUUAUUUGUCUUUUAAAUAAAUUCUCAGAGGCUCAAAAAAAUUAUUCAACUAGAAUGUCUCUAUGAGGAUAUUGUAAAGCCCUUCUUUUGAAUUAAAAUUUCUGAUGUGCAAAAAUUUUAUUUAAAAGAAAAAAGGCAUGAAGUCGAGCUUGAAAGGGUUAACAGAAUGACCAUACAGUAAUUUUUUAUCCUUAAUUUGUGUGUUAACUUCCUGUUUAAUUAUUCUUACUAGUUUUAAAUUCAUUCUGCUGUUAUUUUUGCAAGAUGCAUCUUUACUUUUUUUUGCCUUCUCUGCCCCAGUUGCUACUCUUAUCUUUUUUUUUUCUUAAUUGUAGCGAUUUUUUAUAUAAAAUAUUUUUGAAAAAAAGGAAAAUCCAGUUAUAUUGCAUAAGUAUUUUGUACAUUCAGUUCUCUAAAAAUAAUAUAAUCUUUUAUAUCGAGGCAACUGCACAAUUGAGAAAUAAGAAACAUUUAAUAAGAA